CUAUAUAUUAUGUAACUAACUAACUCGCUAAAAGGCAUUGUGCUACUUCUCCUUUCUCCUUUUCUUUGUUUUCUUCAUUAAGUUACAGGCAGAUUUUAAUUGCGAUGGCCAUGGCAACUGCUUUUCUCUUUCUUCUUCUAGCCACUCCCGCCGUCUAUGCAGUGGAUUACACUGUUGGUGACACCAGUGGAUGGACAUCAGGUUUUGAUUACACAACUUGGGUUUCUGGUAAAACAUUCAAAGUUGGUGAUGCUCUAAUUUUCAAUUACGGCGGUACUCACGAAGUUGAUGAGGUAAAAAAAAGUGAUUAUGACAAUUGCGUAUCUAGCAAUGCCAUUGACAGUCACGACGAUGGAAACACAAGAAUAAACCUAACAACCGUUGGAACAAAGUACUUCAUCUGCCCAACUGCCGGUCAUUGUACUGGUGGCAUGAAAUUGGCCGUCACUGUUGCUGCAUCAUCAGGCACCACGCCCAACACCCCAGCCACUGGCUCACCGCCUACUGCUGGUACUCCAUCCAACACCACCACCCCUUCCUCUGGUGUACCUUCACCACCAUCAUCGUCUAGUGCAGCUUCUACCACUUUGUGUAAUAUGAUGCUUGUGAUUGCUUCACUUGUUGGAGUUGCCUUUACGGGCUAGGGGAGAGGCAGUGCUAUUGUUUUUCUUUACGGUUGUUUUAUUGUGGAAAUUGGGUGAAUUUUAUGAAUGAGAGGUGUAGAUUUGUAUUUAUUUCACCGUAUCAAUAACUGGUUUUUGCUACGGAUGAAGACUAUUGAGUUCAAAUGUAUCCGUUAUAUUUAGUUCUAAUAAAUUUGAUUGAAUUCAUA